GUCAUCCCUACGAGAGUAGACGUUGCGUUCCAUGCACUGUUGUGAUCAAUGGCAGUUAAUAUGGCGGCCUCAGGGCAGUCGAGUAAACAUUUGAUAUCGGAAACAAGGAAAUGUUAAAUUAUCGAAGUAAAAAAACUUAAGAAUACGUAUUAAAAUGUUACGGUAUCAAGAUAUCGGUUAUUGCCGUUUCGUUUCCUGAUUUUUAUCCGCCAUCGCGCCAAAUGGCCAUUAACUCCUAUGACGUGAAGUCAUAUUUAGGUUUUUAAAGUCGGUAAAGGAUUAAGAUUGCGCCCGAAUUCAUAAUGCUUACGGUAAAAAGUAGUCGUCACUUUGUCGAAAAUAGAGUGUUGAGUUGACCACAACUGAUUGAUUUCAUACAAGAAAAAGGUCAUCAAUUUUCAUUUUGUUGUAUUUGUGUAUUAAAUUCCUAGUUAUAAGGAAUUAUUUGUGCUUCCCCUGUACGUAGACUUGUAUUCUUGAGAAAGUUUGCAAAUGGAGAAGCUUGUUAAUCAUGAAUGAAAGAAAAAAUAAGGAAUGAGUACAUCUGAUCAUUCAGCAAAUUCAGGAAGAGAUUGCGAUGUCUUGAGGUCUCCAAAUGAUCUUCACUAUUUAUGCUAUCCACCUCCUGAAUUUAUGCACAAAACUGAAACAUCUAGAGAAGGCGAAUUUUAUCAUUCUAAAACAAAGAUGGCUCAAAAUAAAGCAGAUGAUCAAAGACAUGAAACAAUAAUCUUAAAAAAGCAGUACAAUGAGUUAUUAGCAGACAAACAUCGAUUAGAACAAGAGAUUGAUCGCCUGCAAAGAUAUCAUGAAGAAGAUAGAAAAGAAGUUGCAGAAUUGCGUCGACAACAGGAGACAUUGACUGAAACAGCAGGAGGAGAAUCUGAACAGUUAUAUGUUUCAACUGUUAGAAAAUGUGAAGCGAUGAAAGAAGAAUAUGAUACCCUGCAUAAGCGCUAUGCAGAUUUAAUGGCCUCUCAUAGUGCCACGGUUUCUAAAUUAGAAGUUACACAGGAAGAGUUAUCUUGUUGGAGGAAACGUUAUGAGGAAGCCAUGCUUGAACGGACUGCCAUUAUUAGAGAAAGAAACGGUCUUCAACAACAGUGUACUGCAGCCAUCAGGCAGUGGGAUAAUUCACUGAGAGAAAGAAAUGAAGCUCGAGAACAACUUACUAAAGUUCAGCAACAGAGGGACGAAGCGAUGAAAGAAAUAAAUCAAGCUAUGGCAGUGCGUAUUAAAGCAACUAAAGAUCUCGCUCGUUUGACCGAAGAAAGAAAUGCAGCUAUUCAAGAAUAUUCGCUUAUUAUGUCAGAAAGAGAUUCUGUUCAUAAGGAGAUUGAACGCUUACAAGAAGAGUUAUCUGAGUCACAAAAAAUGAUCAAAGCAUUUGAAAGUCAAAAAAAGGCAGCAUUAGAAGAAGUAGAAAGUCUACGAAGAGAAAUUGCAUCUGCUCUUCAAGACAGAGAUCAUGCAAUCAAAGAAUGUAAUGAUCUAAGAGAAAAAUAUGGUGAUUUUGUUACCGAACAAGACAGCGGAAAGCAUAGUCAAGAAUGGUCGGCUAGAAAAUAUGAAACUCGUUGGGAAAUAGAAAGGGAUGGAUUAAGGAAAGAGAGAGAUUUAAAUAUGCCGUUACGUGAUACUCAUUUACAGGGUCGUGGAAGAUUGGAUGAUUUAGACCAAGCAAAUAGAGAAGUAGAAAAUCUCUCAAGGCAGUUGGAAAGACUACAUAUGGAAUUGAUAGAAGCUCAACAAGAAGCAGAUGUUUGUAAAAGGAGAAGAGAUUGGGCCUUUAGUGAAAGAGAUAAGAUUGUUUUAGAGAGGGAAAGUAUUCGCACAUUAUGUGAUAAACUGCGUAGAGAAAGAGAUCGUGCCGUCAGCGAUUUAGCCGAAGCUCUUAGAGAUUCUGACGAAGUGAAACGGCAGCGAAAUGAAGCAGCUAAAGAACUCAAGGAGUUAAAAGAAAAAAUUGAAGCUCAGCUUGAGAAAGAAACAAGAAUGAAACAACUGAACUCUGUUGGAAAUAAUCACAGUCGUGAUUCGGCAAUCGAUGCAGAUUUACAAGAGUGGGAAGUGGAAACUUUUGAGAUUAACUUAAGGGUAUUAUCUGAUGAUCUUGGAUUUGAGAUUGGUGGGGGGAAAGAUAAUUCUCAUAAUGGAAAUGAUUCUUCUAUCUUUGUACAAAAUAUUGUGAAGGGCAGUGAAGCAGAUGGCAAAUUAAAGGUGAAUGAUUGCAUUCUGAGAAUUAACAAUACUGAUACAGUCAAUAUAGAAAGAAGAUUUGCUGUGGAGGCAUUGAAAUCAUCUGAUGGUAUUUUAAAUAUGUUAAUAAAAAGACGACGAUUAACAAGCAGUAGAGGAGUGCAGACGGUUUUGCUCAAUUUAAAUGGAGGAAAAAAUCACGGAUUAAUCUUGGAACCUGGUGUAUAUGUGAGUAGAAUUACACCAGGAUCUGUGGCAGCAAGGGAGGGAACAGUUGCUGUUGGUGAUCGUCUGUUAUCUCACAUGAUUCUUAGAAUACCUAAACCAGGAGAUUUAAGAAGAAUUGAAAUAGAUAAGUGUUCAGAACCUCUUGGAAUUCAAAUAAUUUGUGGAUUGGGCGGAAACAGCGUUUUUGUUUCAUCAGUUCACGACAAAAGUUUAGCGGCUCAAGCAGGUUUGCAAGUUGGCGAUCAAUUAUUAGAAGUAUGUGGUAUCAACAUGCGCAAUGCAAAUUAUUGUUUAGCAGCAAAUGUUCUUCGUCAAUGUGGAGAUACUGUAUCUAUACUUGUACAGUAUAACCCUGACAAAUUUCAAGAAAUUCCAGAAACAGACAGUUCGAGUGCAGAAAUAUCACCUACACAAACACCAGCAGUUUCUCUUACGUCUUGUAAUAUGACUACUACAGUAAAUGUUUCGACUGAAGAAAUAUCUAGUUCUACUAAUUCAACUUUGACUAAACCGAAGGCAUCUCCUAUGUGCCUCCAUUCUAUGGAAAAUCAAGAUAUGCAUAACUCUCAUUCUCCAGAGUCCAGUUCAGUACCGCGCGUAGUAGUACUAAAAAAGACCACAUCUAACUUGGGAAUCAGUUUGUUGGGAGGAAAUGCCGUCGGUAUAUUUGUUCAUUCAGUUCAAGAAGAUUCUCCUGCUGCUUGCGGAUCAACUGGUCUCAGACCGGGAGAUCAAAUUCUUGAGUAUAAUGGUGUAAAUCUACGUCAUGCUACAGCUGAAGAAGCGGCUUAUGAAUUAGCCAAACCAUCUGACAAGAUAACAAUCUUAGCUGAACAUAAUGUUGAAAGAUACGCUGAUAUUCAAAAUAAGGCAGGUGAUUCAUUUUAUAUUCGCGCACUGUGUGACAGACCAUCAAUCGACGGAUCGCUGACUUUUCACAAAGAUGAUAUCUUAUUUAUCGAUAAUACUAUGUAUAAUGGUGUCCCCGGAUUGUGGCAAGCAUGGCUUGUGGAUCAAGAAGGACAAAAAGUGAAAUGUGGUUACAUACCGAGUAAAUACAAGAUGGAGGAAGAACUUUUAAUGAAAUGUAGUCUUGGAGAUUUAGAUGGGGAUGGUAGCAGACGUGGGUCGACAACGGCGAGACGUAGUUUUUUUCGACGUAAACGCCACCAACGAAGCAAUUCUCAUGACAGUAAAGAACUAGCAUCAUUUUCGGAUAUGUCUAUAAACAGUUGUAGUGACUCUGGGAUACACGGUGAAGAAUUGUUGCCCUUGACCUAUCAACGUGUGGAACGGUUAGACUAUUUAACAUUAAGACCUGUAAUUGUUGUUGGACCGUUAAUGGAAGCCGUGGUCGAUAAACUGGAACAGGAUUUUCCUCAUAUGUUUCAGCAUUGCAUACCAGAAGUCAUGAGAGGAAGCCAACAAAUGAUGGAGAAAAGUUUGCAAGAACUGAAACUUAUUGAUUAUCGAAAACGUGGCAAUCAUUUUGAAUGUACCACUGUAAGUGCUGUUAAGGAAAUUUGUGAUAAGAAUUGUCAUGCUAUUCUUGAUGUCAAUCUGUCAGCAGUUGAAUGUUUGCAAAGAUGUCAAAUAUAUCCAAUUGUGAUCUUCUUGAAAUUCAGAUCAGUUAAACAGAUCAGAGAAGUAAAAGAUCCGAGAUAUUUAACAGAGAAAAUAUCUACCAAAGCUGCGAAAGAAAUGUACGAACAUACAUUGAAGAUCGAAAGUGAAUAUAAACACAUUAUAAAUGCUGUGAUUCCCGGUUCGAAUUUGGCUUACAUGUGCACACAAAUUAAAACGUGCGUCGAAGACGAGCAGAGUAAGACUUUGUGGGUGCCUUGUGGAAGUCUCUAACUACUCCCUAUUAAUUUAAAACCUUCCCCCAGUGAUUUUAAUAAUUAAGGACGAGACCAUUUUCUUUUAGAAAAUAGAAAGAUUAGAAUAUUCCAUUCAUUUGACGAAAGAAAAUCAAUGGAAUUUGGAACGGAUCCUCUUUUGGGCUGUAAAAAAUCAUUAACAGUAUUCGAAUGCUAUUCUUAUUUUGAUAAGUGAAUGUUAAACAUAAAAAAAAAAGACAGACAAUAAAAACUUUCCGUGUCACGUGAUUCAACGUUUGCAUAAAUGCUAUUUGAAGAUACGACGAGUAUAAACGAAUAGUUUUUAUAAUCCCUCGAAUUUGUGUGAUCUUCCCUUUUUUUAUUGGUGCAAUGAAGUUCCUUGUAAAUUAAAUGUCAAAUUUAUAGUCAGACUAUUUUACAACAGAUCUAUGUCCUGCCACACGACUCAAAUUGGUUGUAAAUAUUAUUAUUAAAUAAAGUUUUAAUGAAGUUUUAAA